GCGUUGUUUUUGUUUUGCUUUAUUAAAUUUAAUACUUGAAUAAAAAUGUUGCUUUCCGUAAAGACUAUUAGAUAUAGUUCUUUAAGAUCUCUCUUAAAGGUUCGUAGUUGUGAGUGCUCGCGACUAACAAUACACCAUUUGGGCCUUAACGAUAUUCCAAAAAUUACAUUGACUGAUAUUCGAAAAUUGUUGAGGCAAAAAGGAUUUGCGGUACAAGAUGGGUAUACUUCUCUCACGACAAGGUGCGUUAUGUGUUCUGGAGACCCGAAAAAUGCUGAAGGGAAAUUGUUUGUAAAUAAAACUACAGGUUACUUUGUAUGUCCAAAAUGCAACAUCCAUGGCGAUUGGGGUAUUCUAGAACGCCUAAUCAAGAAAGCAAAAGUAGAACCAACAUUAAAAGACUUGAUAGAAAAUUCACGAAAAUGUACUGCACAAUUUGAUAAAGACUGGCAAGUGAUUAUGGAUUCAACUACCUCAAUAGAUAAGCUUAGUGAGACUGAAGUGUUAGAAUUGUUAAGAUUAUUUGAAUACCCUUUCAAUACAGAAGCAAGCAAAGCCCUUUCCGAAGUAAGAGUAUCAACAGACCGAACAAUAUUAUACUUUCCAUUAAAAAACUCCCUUAACCACAUCAUAGGAUAUCGUAAAAUUCAAGCUGGCAAAGAAGAUGAGAUAGAGAACUUUGGGCUCCAUACUGGAGGACUGUUCUCUUGUAGAGCUCCGAAAGUUGGCCGGAGUGACCAGGCCAUUCUUGUUCCAAGUAUUCAAGACGUUUUGAAUUUGGCUGCACAGAAAGUUUCUGGCACACUAGUGUGGCUAAGUAACUGCAGUCUCCCUCCAGUGGUACUCCCAACUCUAGAAAAUUACCAGAAACUGUGUCUUUGGGGAGACUGGGAUAAUAUGCGUGCUGCCGCUGAAAAACUUGGGGAGGAACGCUGUCGCUUUGUAAGACCCACAGAUGGUUUAGUAACGGCGUCAGAAGCAGCUGCAGCUAACCUGUCACUGAAAACACUCGUGUCCGAAGCCAAACCAGCUGCACAUCGAUCUAUUACCACCUUUGCCGCUCUCAGAGAUGACGUGUACGCGGAACUUACUAAUAUUGAAAAGGUCAGAGGGGUGAAAUGGAAAAGAUUUCCAUCGCUGACAAAGAUACUAGGCGGGCAUAGACGAGGCGAACUGACAGUGCUUACGGGACCUACUGGGUGUGGUAAAACCACACUGUGUGCAGAGAUGUCACUUGACCUUGCACAACAAGGGGUUACAACACUAUGGGGCAGUUUCGAGAUCCGCAACUCUCGAUUAGCUAAAACGAUGUUGCAGCAGUUCGCGGGAGUCCCACUAGAACACAACUUGCAGGACUUUCACACAUACGCUAACGAGUUUCAGAAAUUGCCUGUUUACUACCUCGCUUUUCACGGACAGCAAUCCAUCAAAGUUGUAAUGGAGGCUGUAGAGCACGCGCGUUACAUGCAUGACAUUUCGCACGUAGUCGUGGACAACGUGCAGUUCAUGCUCGGUCUGGGCGAGGAGCGUGACGGCGACCGCUAUGUACGCCAGGACGCCGUCAUUGCAGCAUUUCGAACCUUCGCCACCGCGAGGCAUUGCCAUGUCACGCUUGUUAUGCACCCCAGGAAGGAGCGAGACUCGGAAGAUUUAUCGACGAGUUCAAUAUUCGGCAGUGCCAAGGCGUCGCAAGAAGCCGAUAACGUCCUUAUAAUACAGGAUAAAAGACUAACAGCGGUACGCGGCAAAAAAUACCUGCAAGUCGCUAAGAACCGGUAUAGUGGCGAUCUCGGAAUCGUUCCCUUGGACUUCGACAAAGACGCUCUCAGUUAUCAAGCAAAGAAAAAGAAAAAUAAACCCGAAGAUCCUGACAAGCUACUAGACCAAUGCUUUGAUGAAUUGUCCAUAAGUGACGACGAUAAAAAUACAAAGCGAGAUUUUAGAGAAAAAAUUAACUCUAGAAAUAAGAAAGAUACUGAUAGUUAUUUAAGUGAUCUGCUAAAUUUUAAUAGAACCCGUUAG